CGGGAGAAAACGGCACGAUGAAGUGACUUGAAAAGAACACUUGGCGGCCGUUCUCACUGAGCCGCCGCCAAGUGUUGCGCAACGUUUGAGAAUGUCACGAAGAAGCCCGCGGUUUUGCCUCUCAAAUGACAUGCGCGCUGCUUGCCUUGGUCUGGCCCUGUGAGAUCAAAGAGCGGACCCAACGAGAGAUUGAAUGCGAUACUAGUCAUCAAAAAUGAGCACGACGAGGACGAUUCACUAGGGCGCCGAAUUCUGUUACGCGUAUCUGAACCUAAGAGUGACCUCAAGGAUAGUGACAAAGAAAGAAAGAAAAAAAAAUUGCCCAUAUGGCGUUGUCUUUGUUCCACGAUGUGGCUUUAAUCCCGCCACCCAGACCCUUGUAAAGACAGCCCCGGGGUCAGAUUGUCACUCGGAUAACAGCCAGCCUGGCCGGCCGUGGCAACGGCUGGGUUCAGACACGGGAGCGGCGCGGAAAAUGUCAUGCGACUGCAGGCACUUUGGGAGACUCCUACUCCUGAAGCCGCGUCAGGACCCUCAUGAUGUCCAUGCUCGCCGAACCCCGCAGAAAACAAAAGUGGUCGGUCGAUCCGCGGAACAGUGCCUGGAGCAAUGACGAGUCUAAGUUUGGACAGAAGAUGCUGGAGCGCAUGGGCUGGUCCAAGGGCAAGGGCCUUGGCAAAAGUGAGCAAGGAGCCGUUGACCAUAUCAAAGUCAAAGUGAAAAACAACAGCUAUGGCCUCGGUGCCAAUGGCAGCCAAGAGGACAACUGGAUCGCACACCAGGAUGAUUUCAACGACCUCCUUGCUCAGCUCAAUAACUGUCAUGGCCAAAAUUGCACAGAAACUCAGCCGGAGGAGCAGAAAGGCUUCAGCCUGGAAGAGAAAUCCAAGACGUCCAAAAAGCGAGUCCAUUAUAUGAAAUUCACCCAAGGGAAGGACCUCUCCUCUCGAAGUUCAACGGACCUCAAUUGUAUCUUUGGAAGGAGAGCAAAGUCUGCCACGCAUCCGGAGCAGGAGAGCGGCGGCGAUUGCCACGGCGACGGCGCCGAGUGUCCGACCCCGCCGGCCGCCGUCGUCGUCUCCUCCCCGCAAGCGGACGCCGAGUCCAUCACCAAGACGGUGACCAGCACCCUCAGCGUGCAGGAGUACUUUGCGCGGCGGAUGGCCCGGCUGAAAAGCGGCCGCGCUCGGGCCGACGCUGCCGACGGGGCGGAAGAGCCCCCAAAGAGGAAAAAGAAGAAGAAGAAGAAGGCCGUCGAGAAGAUGGAAGCGGCAAACGCUGCGGAGGAAGCGAGUGAGCCCGAGCCCGCCAAAAAGAAGAAGAAACGACAAAAUGAGGGCGCCGUCGAUGACCACCACUUGGCGGAGCCAAAGGAAGCCAAGAAGGAGAAGAAAGGCAAAAAGGAGACGCUGGAAACGCAAAGCAAAUGGCUCCAGCAACCCGAGGAGACGACCGCCGUGCGCAAGAAAUGCAAAAAGCGCGAGAAGCCGCCGCAGCGACAUUUGUGAGAAAUGGAGCCCGCCCGCCAAAUCUGUCCAAGCCGCGGCAAAAGGGCCCAAGGCGGAAGGCCUUUUUCAGCUUGUUCUCUCAAAAGCGUCCAUCGCAUGUUUUGGACGGCGGGCAGACCGGUUCCACCGCAUCGGACGCCCGUCAACCCGGAAUCGACGCCGACGGCGGGCGUGGCUCGGAGCCCCGCCAUUGUCCUCGCUGCGCCGCCGAACCCGAGCCGUCGCAUUCGUCGCAAGAAUGACUUCAUUGAAAUCCUCCGGCCGCUUUCAAUGCUCCCACGCAACCACUUUUUUUUUUUUUUCCGUGUGGCGCUCACUUCACCGGCGGCAAUUUGUGAGCUCUACGAACGGGGCGCACGAUUGACUGACUCUUGACUGCUGGCCAACCACGUGCAGCGACCAACACACGUGGCCAAAUUUGGGCCACUGGCUGCCUUGAGAUACAAAUCAUUUUGUUCCACGUUGGGAUUUUUUUUAUUUUUAUUUUAGUGACUCUGGGCUCAAUCUUUGGUCUCAUUUGGAUGGCAAAAAACACAUUUCCUGCGCGGCUUUUUGUCUCAUUCUAAUUUCUUUGAUGACGCUAACAUGGCGUUCUGGUUUUGCUCUCACUUUAGCUUUUAUUUUUUUUUUUCUCCAUCUUGUUUAUGCUCAUUUCUUAUCGGAAACAUUAAAAUGUAAGGCUCGG